AUGUCGCCAUACGUUUUGUUUCAACGAUCUGCCUCGACCAUUGGUCCGUUACAACAGGGUGGUGAUCAGUCCCUGCAGUCUUCCCCGGUACCAACGGAUGCAUACAUACGUUCAGAUGCAUUCGGCUUGUAUUGCAAACCCAGGGUCGAACAAAAGCAUUUUGAAGCUAACAAAACCAGUUGGACGGUUGAUGAGCUCCAAUUCCUGGCUGCAUAUUUUGUUUCUCGCGGAGUGACCAAGAUUCGUCUGACCGGUGGAGAACCUUUACUUUGUGGGGAUUUAGAGGAUUUGAUCGGUUCACUUCACGCUUUGCGCAGCUUGAAUAGCCCAGUGGGUGGAUUGCGUCAUAUCUCAAUGACCACAAACGGAGUGACAUUCAGUCGAAAAGCGGCCGAUUUGAAAGCGGCUGGUUUGAACUCAGUCAAUAUCAGUUUGGACAGUCUGAGAGCGGAUCGUGUUCGACGACUCACUGGAUUCCCGGUGUUGAAACACACCAUUUCGGCCAUUUAUGCUGCUCUUGAACACGAGUACAAUCCUGUAAAGGUAAAUUGUGUGCUGAUUCGCGGGUUUAAUGACGAUGAACUGACGGACUUUGUCAAAAUGACAGAAAAGUUGCCCAUCGAAGUACGAUUCAUUGAAUACAUGCCUUUCGCUGGAAAUCAGUGGGAACAAAAGAAAAUGAUUCCAUUCCUGGAAAUGAUGCAAGAUGUUCGUGUUCACUACCCAAAUUUGGAAGUCGUUCCAGCGCAAUCUGAUUCAACAGCAAAGGUAAUGAAUGGUGACGUUGGAAUUGGAAAAAUGCAAGCCAACUUGAAAAUUUCACUUUUGUCACGAUGGUUAACCUGGGAAUCGUUUUUUAGUAUUUUGGUGAUUUUACCGUUGAUCUACUGUCUUUAUCGUUGA